AUGUGGAGAACUCAAAGUCCUUCAGGCAAAGAACGGGGUGGUGCUGGAAUGGGGAGAGGAGCUCACCUCUCCUACGCUUGGAGCCCCGGAGGUGUAGAGCCGGGGGUGUGGCACUCGGAAUCAGGACACUGCCCCCUCCCACCUCAGGCCAGCCAACAACUGGAGGAUGAGCUGCCGAGGAGAGCCCGGCGGCGUGGAGAGCUGCAACAGUAUGAAAGUCGCUACCUAUCCCCACUGCCGGUCGGCCAGGGGCGAGCAACAGCUGCAGCAGCCCCAGCUAAUCCUCCUUUGCCCAUGUUUGUGCGAUGGCCGGGCCAGCUGCGAGGCCGGAGCUGUGGCCGGGAACUGCCCAGGAUAGUGUGGCUGCUGCUUGCAGUUGUACUGCUAAUCUCGGGGCUGGUCUUCUACAUCUCCUUGGAACUGCUACCUCCGCUACCCUGGGCGUCCUUGAGACCUCUAGUCUCGCCGCCUCAGGUCACAGUCCUGAUGUGGUGGGAGCCCUUCAGCGGCUCGGGCAUAUCGUCCCGUCCAAUUCCUGACUGCCAGCGCCGGUUCAACGUAAGUGGCUGUCGCUUGAUCACAGACAGGAGAUACUACUGGGAAGCCCAAGCAGUGCUCUUCCACCACCGAGACCUUGUGGGGACCCAGGACUGGCCCCCGCCACGGCCUGAGCCAAAUGGAACAGCAGCUGCAGCGGUAGGCACAUCCUGGAUGGGCAGCCAGCCGGCCAGGCCUCCUGGGCAGCGCUGGGUGUGGAUGAACUUCGAAUCUCCUACCAACUCCCCAAACCUGGGGAGCUUCGACAGCAGCCUCUUCAACUGGACGCUGACCUACCGGACCGACUCGGAUAUCUUUGUCCCCUAUGGGUAUCUCUACCCCAGGAACAGCCUGAACGACCCGCCUGCGGGUCUGAUGCCACAGAUGGCCCAAAAACAGGGAUUGGUGGCCUGGGUGAUCAGCCACUGGAGUGAGGGGCAGGCCCGGGUCAGAUACUAUUACGAGCUGAGCCGCCACGUGAGAGUGGACGUGUUUGGUCUCAGUGGUCCUGGACAGGUAAUGCCGGACAUUGGGCUUCUGCGCACAGUGGCCCGCUACAAGUUCUACCUGGCUUUCGAGAACUCCCAGCACCAGGACUACAUUACAGAGAAACUGUGGCGAAACUCCUUCCUGGCAGGGGCGGUACCGGUGGUGCUGGGGCCCAGCAGGGCCAAUUAUGAGCGCUUUGUGCCUCGAAGUUCUUUCAUCCACGUGGACGACUUCCCCAAUGCAGCUGCCCUGGCCACCUACCUGCGCUUCCUCGAUCGAAACCUGAACGUGUACAAGCGCUAUUUUGACUGGCGCAGACGCUAUGCCGUACAUACUUUGUCCUUCUGGGACGAGCCCUGGUGUCGGACCUGCCAAGUUUUGCAGAAUGCUGGAGACCGACCCAAGAAAAUGUACAACUUGGCUGCCUGGUUUCAGAGAUGA